AUGGCUGUCCUCUACACCUUUCUUCUCGCUUUACUCGUCGCCUUCAUUCAAAGUUCCCAUGGAUACUUCCCUUAUGCGGGCUACUUCGACGGGUAUCCUGGAUUCGGAUUCCCGCAUCUUGUUGAUCCGUACUAUGGAGCGGUGAUGGUUCCUGCCCCGCGGUUUGUUACCACCUUCCCUUACGCUCUGCACUCACAUUUCUACCAUCCUCGCAGUGCUUUCCGAAACAUCGCUAAAUCCUAUCGGAAGGAAGAUGGACAUCUCUCCGAUACAAGUUUCAUCUCCCCCAUUCGGAAGAACAUCUACUGA